GUCUAAACACCACCUCUUUCGCAUGGUGAUUGCUCGUCUUCUCUGUCUCUUGUAAUUGAUAUUCUGCUAGAACUAGGAUUCAUGUACAACAGGUAACCUUCUCCCGAUGAUUCUGUAUUCAUACACUACCACGUGCUUGAGAGCUGGAUCUCAAUCUGAUAGAUGAUGGAGACCGCGGCGGAAGCUCCAUCCGGCCUUAAACCGAGAAGAACGCGUCAUAAGACUGGCUGCGCGUCUUGUCGCUUACGGAAGAAGCAAUGUGACGAGCAAAUGCCUACAUGUUCGAGUUGCCAUCGGCUAGGUUUAAUAUGUACUUGGCCACCUGCCAACGAAUUCGCUUGGAGGAUAAGAUUGGGCGUGUCUUCUAGUAAAGGAAAAAAGCCUAAAUCAGUAUCGCCUACAUCGAGUUAGGAUACAUCACUGCCGCCGUUCGGAUCGGACUCUGCAUCCUCGAGUCAUGUCGAAAGCCCUUCACGGCCUUUCGCGAUCCCUUCCUCUUCGAAGUCAUCCCUGCUGCCUUUUCGGACUCUUUAAUAAUGAACGCCGUUCUUGCUCUCGGGGGUUAUUCGUUAGAAGUAACCGGGAACGAUGAAGAAUUCGAAUGGUCGAGAUUUCACUACUACGGGCUGGCUAUUGAAGACUUGAAAGCUGCUUUGGCCGAUCCGAUUGUUGAUGGCGGCCGGGAUACACGCCGGCUUUUGCUUGCCACUUUACUCAUGUGUCUUUUCGAGAGCAUUCGCGGGAACACGCAGGGAAUGUUUCAAGGCCACUUACGGGCUAGCCGUGUCCUUGCACAGGCUGUUUCGAAUUCCGGUGAGACGGACGACGGUAAUUUGACGAACAGUCUGCUUGGACUCUACGCCUACUAUGAAUUCCUCUCUAGUCUGCGUCUACCGCCCAAUGACGAGGACUUUUUUAUUCCACACCAAUCUACAAUGUUCCAAUUGCCUUCUGUAGGGGACCAUUCGAGCCCAUUCGGAGUUGCCGUAGGUGCGGCAUGGCCCUUAUAUCAGAUGGCACCUCGUAUUUACGAAUUUGCGGUAACGCGAAGAAUUGAAUUAGUAGAGGGAAAUGAUAUGGGCUGUUUAGAGGCAUUCGGAAAUUUGCGCGAUGAUAUCUGCGAAUUAGCGAUAGACGAUGUAACAAACGGCCCCAAUGGACAGACCAAGGAUGGCCAGUUUGCCAAGGCGAGGCGCGCCGCAGCGGAGGUCGUGCGGAACGCUCUCCUUCUGUUCUUAUAUUCUUCAUUCUUCGAAGAUCGGGCAUGCAUCUUGGAGCUAUCGCAACCUCUUGUCCGAUCUACCGUCGAGCUUCUGCCGGAUUUCAUACUCACGCCCUUAAUAAACACGACCUUCUGGCCAAUCGUCGUGGUGGCAUCGUACGCAACAACAAUUGAACAUCAGACACGAUUUCUUAGUUUCUUACCCCCUGUGAUGCCCCUUGUAACCCGAGGCGCCGAGAUUCUGAAAGGGGUAUGGAGCAGUCCAUCAGGUGCGUUUGGCCUAGAAGGCCUGGCAGAUAUACUUGAUGCGCGCGGCGAAAAUUACUGUUUUGGAUGAUUGCAUUCAUUUUUAUUUACGGAAACUUUGAUAAGAUUCACAGGACCGACUUUAUGCGAGGGAUCGAAUGUUGUACAGAUACCAUUAUGGCAACUCGAUUAUGCAUCUCUAAAGCCAGACACAGAUGGAUGCUGAUAAAAUUUCGGGACAGUAUCGUGGCUUUAAUGACCUAAAACGAUUCUGUCCUCACCGUCUAAG